AUGGCCAAUCUCUUCGAUCUCAACCAGCCAGUCGUGCUCGAUCUAGGCUCGGGCCUAACCAAAGGCGGCUUCGCGGGCUCACCGGAGCCGGUCGCCAUAAUCGGCACGCUAGUUGGCCGUCCCAAGCAUCCGCAAUACGCGGCCGAGCCUGCCAAGGCACGGCGCGUCGCCGUCGGCGAGGCGCUGCGCACACUGGCCGGCGUCGUGCGCAUCUCGUCGCCGCUCGAGCGCGGCGCCGUCGCGUCGUGGCCGGACGCCGAGGCCGUGUGGCGCCACAUGCUGCAAGACCUGCUCCGCCUCGGCCACGGCGAGCACCCCAUGCUCGUCACCGAGAACGCCCUCAAUCCGCGCGCCAACCGCGAGCGCAUGGCCGAGUUCUUCUUCGAGUCUGCGCACGCGCCCUCGCUAUGCCUCGCCGUGCCGCCCGUGCUUGCGCUGUACGCGUCAGGGAGGACUACGGGGCUUGUGCUGGAUGUUGGUGACACUGUCGCUACUGCGCUCCCGAUUGCUGAGGGGCACUGCGAUGCUCAUGCUAUUCGGAGGAUUGACAUGGGGGGGAGGGAUGUCACGGAUAGGCUCAUUACCCUCAUGCGGAAAAGCGGCAAUCCGCUGUUUGCGAGCUCGUCAGAGCGUCAGGCAGCGAGGAGGAUCAAGGAGAGGCACGCGUUUGUGGCGGUUAAACCGAGUGAGGAGGAGCAUCAGUUUGCGGCCGGGAGGAAGGAGAUGACCGAAUUUGACUUACCAGAUGGUAAUGUUGUGCGCAUUGGAGCGGAGCGAUUUCGCGCAGCAGAGAUAUUGUUUCAGCCCGAAAUUGUUUCGUGCGAGUUUGGAGGCGUGCAAGAUUGCUUGCAAACGGCUGUGGAGGCGGGUGAUUUGGAGAUCCGGAGGAGGUUGUAUGGAUCCAUUUUGUUAGCGGGGGGUACGACCAAGUUGCCGGGCUUUGGAUUAAGGCUGCUGGAAGAAAUGAAAGUACUGGCUCCCCGCGAUUCAAAAGUGCGCAUCCAUGCACCGCCAGACCGGCUGCAAAGCGCAUACACCGGCGGUACAAUUUUGGCGUCUUUGUCGACAACGUUUCGGUCCAUGGCUGUCACAAGGGCGGAGUAUUUCGAGCAUGGGGCCGCCAUCAUGCACCGUAAAACGCUAAAUUGGAAACAAGAAACGUGUUGCAGAGGGGGCUCACCGCAGUAA